GGAUUCCAAUUCCCAUCUCACAAGGAAACGUCUUUUGGACUCCCAAGCUCUCGCCAAUCUCUUUCCACUCUCUCUCUCUUUCCAUCUCGCUCGAUUUCGCCAUGGAUGAAGAAUACGAUGUCAUCGUGCUUGGCACCGGCCUCAAGGAGUGCAUUCUUAGCGGCCUUCUCUCUGUUGAUGGUCUCAAGGUUCUGCACAUGGACAGGAAUGAUUACUAUGGAGGGGAGUCAACUUCUCUCAACCUUAUCCAGCUCUGGAAAAAGUUCAGAGGAAAUGAUAAGCCCCCAGCUCAUCUGGGUUCCAGCAGAGAUUACAAUGUCGACAUGAUCCCCAAGUUCAUGAUGGCAAAUGGUAUCUUGGUUCGUGUACUCAUCCAUACAGAUGUGACAAAGUACCUAAGCUUCAAAGCUGUGGAUGGAAGCUAUGUCUUUAACAAGGGAAAGAUUCACAAGGUUCCUGCUACUGAUAUGGAGGCACUAAAAUCUCCACUUAUGGGCUUAUUUGAAAAGCGACGUGCACGAAAAUUUUUCAUAUAUGUCCAAAAUUAUGUUGAAAAUGAUCCAAGAACACAUGAAGGAUUAGACCUAACAAGAGUGACAACAAAAGCGCUUAUUGAGAAAUAUGGUUUGGAUGAUAACACAAUUGAUUUUAUUGGGCAUGCAUUGGCGCUCCAUAGAGAUGAUCGGUACUUAAGUCGACCCGCUCUAGACACCGUGAAAAGGAUGCAGCUUUAUGCUCAGUCUUUAGCUCGUUUCCAAGGAGGUUCGCCUUAUAUUUAUCCUUUAUAUGGAUUGGGAGAGCUUCCCCAGGGUUUUGCUCGCCUUAGUGCAGUUUAUGGUGGAACAUACAUGCUGAAUAAACCAGAAUGCAAGGUGGAAUUUGAUGAGGAAGGAAAGGCUUGUGGUGUCACAUCUGAUGGUGAAACUGCUCGAUGCAAGAAAGUUGUUUGUGAUCCUUCCUACUUGCCAAACAAGGUUAAGAAGGUUGGAAAAGUAGCAAGAGCCAUCGCCAUCAUGAGUCAUCCCAUUCCUAAUACUGAUGAGUCUCACUCAGUACAGGUUAUAUUACCCCAGAAACAAUUGGGACGCAAGUCAGACAUGUACCUGUUCUGUUGUUCUUAUUCCCAUAAUGUUGCACCAAGAGGGAAGUUCAUAGCGUUUGUCUCAACAGAAGCUGAGACAGACCAUCCCGAGAUGGAACUAAAGCCAGGGAUUGAUCUUCUUGGUCCGGUCGAUGAACUAUUUUUUGACACUUAUGACAGAUUUGAACCUGUCAACGAGCCCAGUUUGGAUCAGUGUUUCAUUUCGACUAGUUAUGAUGCUACAACUCAUUUUGAGUCGACGGUCAUGGACGUGCUUUCCCUGUACACCCAGAUCACCGGCAAGACUGUUGAUCUCAGCGUCGAUCUGAGUGCUGCCAGUGCUGCUGAAGAAUGAGAAUGCGCGCUCAUAAGCAUUAGUUUCUGAGCUCUUAUAAGUGUUAUGUAAUGGCUCAGGAUCUUUCAUAGCUGCACUCAAGAAAAAAAAAAAUGGCUUAACUGAAUGAGCUUUCUCAGAUACAUCAGACAGUGAAUCAUGCUUGAAUUCCUAGUUUGAUGUUAUCCCUGGUUAAAUAUUUUCUGACACUGUUAUAUGACAUUUAUGUAAUUACAUGUCUGGUUGUAACCUAAGUUAUUUUCCAUCUCUUGGUUUUUGUUGAUGCAUUUCAUCACAAUGCCUCACAAUCAAGUUACAAUUUCUCUUAAUUUAUGUUUUUAUAAA